CCCAAGUGGGAUGGCGGAGGAUGGGCGGAGCCAGGCGGGGAACAGCAGCACCGAGAUAAACUCCGAAGCCUCGAGAACCCAGGAUAAAAAUAGUGAAAACCGGCCGUCCAGACUUUGGGUUUCACUCUAUUUCGACUGCACAAAGAGGGUCUGCCCAGGAUGAACGGUGACUCAGGCGCCGGAGUGGUGACGGCCCACCCUCCGACCACAGCGCCCCACAAGGAGCGCUACUUUGACCGAGUUGACGAGAGUAGUCCCGAGUACCAAAGAGAGAGGAACAUGGCACCCGACUUGCGGCAGGAUUUCAACAUGAUGGAGCAGAAGAAGCGGGUGUCCAUGAUCUUGCAGAGUCCGGCGUUCUGCGAUGAGCUGGAAACGAUGAUACAGGAUCAGCUGAAAAAGGGGAAGACACCCACGAGCCUGCUGGCACUGCAGCAGAUUGCCGACUUCAUGACCACAAGCAUGCCUUCCAUGUAUCCAGCUGCUCCACAGGGAGGAAUGGCAGCGCUCAACAUGAGUUUGGGGAUGGUGACUCCAGUCAAUGAUCUACGUGGCUCCGACUCCAUCUCCUAUGACAAAGGCGAGAAGCUGCUUCGCUGCAAGCUGGCAGCAUUCUACCGACUCACUGACUUGUUCGGCUGGUCUCAACUCAUUUACAAUCAUCUAUCAGUCCGUGUCAACUCUGACGAUGAGCGCUUUCUUCUCGUUCCUUUUGGGCUCUUGUACAGUGAAGUCACAGCUUCAAGUCUGGUGAAGAUUGAUCGUCAAGGUGAGAUUGUGGACCGAGGCAGCACCAACCUUGGAGUCAACCAGGCCGGCUUCUGCCUCCACUCUGCCAUCUAUGCUUCUCGACCUGACGUCAAGUGUAUUGUUCACAUACACACAGCUGCCGGUGCUGCGGUAUCGGCGUUAAAAUGUGGCCUGUUGCCCAUCUCACCUGAGGCCCUGGCUGUUGGUGAUGUUGGCUACCAUGACUACCAAGGUAUUCUGGUGGACCAGGAUGAGACAGAGCUCAUACAGAAGAAUCUGGGGAAGGACAGGAAGGUUCUCAUCCUGAGGAACCACGGCCUGGUUUCUGUUGGAGAGACUGUGGAAGAAGCUUACUAUUACAUCCACAAUUUGGUCACUGCCUGUGAGAUUCAGGUGCGGACAAUGGCCAGCGCUGGAGGCCCUGAAAACUUGGUGAUGCUUGACCCAGCAAAGUACAAGUCACGUCCUCAGGUCCCUGAACCAGCUGGUGAUGGGUCUGCUACACAUCCUAAAUGGGGUGUCGGGGAGCAAGAGUUUGAAGCCCUUAUGAGAAUGCUUGACAAUUUGGGCUACAGGACAGGCUACCCAUACCGCUGCCCCGCAUUGCGAGACAAAGGUAAAAAACACAGUGAUGUGGAGGUGGCCGCCACAAUCCAUGGCGGCUACUCAUAUGGCGAGGACAGUGACUCGGGCGCUCGCUCCCCACUCAAACACAGCUUCCAGCGCGGCCAGCGGGACAAGACCCGCUGGCUUAAUGCCAGCGGCCGCCCCGACGAGCCCUAUGAGGACGGGCCCGAUGGCAGCAGCCCCAAGUCGAAGCCUAAGUGGACCAAGGAGGACGGUGUCCGUCAGGCUGCAGUAGCCAAUCAGUUCAUCCCACUGAACACUAAUCCUAAAGAAGUGCUUGAAAUGAGGAAUAAGAUUCGGGAACAGAACCUGCAGGACAUCAAGACUGCCGGACCCCAGUCCCAGGUUCUGUGUGCCAGCACUGUGGUGGAGCGGAGCUUCAACCAGGACGCCCCUCUCUCUGACUGUACAGACACUAUUGAUGGCCUCGAUGUGUCCGAGGGGUCCUAUAGUCCUGCUAAAUCAUUUAGAAAGGGGGAGCUAGUGACGGCAUCCAAGGCCAUCAUUGAAAAAGAGUAUCAGCCGAAGGUCAUCGUCAGCAAGCAGGGUCCAAACCCAUUCACCAAGCUCACUGACCAGGAGCUGGACGAGUAUCGCAGAGAAGUGGAGCAGAAGCAGAAAGGGGGUGAAGUGCAAGGACAAGACUCGCCCCAGGGCAGCUCUGGUUCACCGUGCUCUCAGCCUAGAAGGGAGCCACUUCCUGCUUCGCAGCAUUCUGAUUCAACCAGUGUAGCAUCAGGCUGCGCCACCGUGGAUAAGCCCACGAAGGGAGGCACAGAGAGGGUGUCAAAAGAAGAGUCAGCCCCAGAAUCUCCCCAUAAAGAGUUCCAUUGCGCCGUGGUGCGAGCUCUCAGCAAAGAGUCUGGAGUGGUAGCGGCUGGUCAGGCUCCAGAUCAACCCCAACCUGUGGAAGCAGAGGAGGAGCCUAAAGGCCAGAAACCUACCGCCACACCGCCCAGCACCCCAGUCAGAGCAGAGGAAGAAUCUCAUCCCGAGCAAACGUUUAAAGACGAGAGCGACGCCGCCACGCUCAGGCAGACGCUUCCAGACUUAACCCCCGAUGACCCCUCCGACGCAUCAGCCCUACCUGCUGAAGACCCUGCCCCAGCACCGGACCCUGCUCCCACUGCUGACCCAGCACCUGACAGCGCUCCUGCCGAAGCCACAGAGGAUCCUGGUGAGGAUCCAGCGGACGCAGGCGAGCAAGAAGGCGAUGAGUCUCCCAGCAAAUCUCCCUCCAAGGAAAAAGAAGUUCCGCACACCUUCCUUCCUGAAGAAGAACAAGAAAAAGACAGAGUCCUAGAGGACCUCAGGAUUCGGUUGUCCAGCCUGGCACUGAUUUUCAUUUGUGUCCUGCUUUUAUUGCAUCACUCACACACACUUUUGCUUUUUAUCCUUUUGUAUUGUCUGUCCUCAAUAGUGUGUACCAAUUUUGUCGGCUCACUACUGCACAGCUGCGUCACGUCUCUUCCACUCUGCCGGCCUUUCUAUGCAUGUGUGUUUACCAUAGACCCCAUUGGACCCCUGGCCUGCCACCCCCAUGUUAUUUUUAGGAAAGAUAAAUCAUAACCACUAGAAUGUAUUGGGAUUGUAUCUAAACAUGUGUCUUUGAAGAACAGUGAAUGCUGACGUCUGUGCCCGCAUUAUCCCAGAAUUAAAUCUGACAGAAACCACUCAUUUUUCAUCUGCUAAAUCUUGCAGUUUAACCCUGUAUUGUCUUUCAACACUGCAUUGUGUCAUAGUUUGAUUUGAAGUCGGUAUGUGAUAGCUACUUCAAAACUCAUGCGGCCAAUCGUUAUGACGUGGAACAUUGAAGUUUAUGAACUAUUUCCUGAUGCAGUGUAUUAGUCAGCAAUAUUUUUAUGCGUAUAAAGUCUGUAUUAUACACCGUCAUACAGCUUAAUUAAAUCAGCUGCAAUCAA